AUGUACGAGAAGUGUAUGCAGGAUCUAAGUUCCAAUGAGGUUACGACUGCCCCAGGACCCGCACUGAUCUAUCGUACUAUCGGAGGCAUCCUUGACAUGUACUUCUUCCCAGGUCCCACUCCAGGAGAAGUAACAGAGCAGUAUCUUGCGUUGAUUGGAAGGCCUUUCUUGCCAGCUUAUUGGGGACUCGGAUAUCAGAUAUCCCGAUAUGGCUAUAAAGACCUAGACGAGAUGAAGCGAAUAAUCGAGAGAAAUGUGGUAGCUGGAAUUCCAUUGGAUACAGCUGGUGCGCAGUUUAUUGAAUGGGAGCGGGAAGAUCAAGUGCCUAGGGCAAUACAAGAUCAAUACCCUCUAGUAAGGGACACAAAAAUAAUGUUGGGCGUGGUUUGGCCAGAUGAACAUACUGCGUUCCCAGACUUUUUUGACUCCACCAACAAAACCACCGAAUGGUGGAUUGAUGAAUUUGUGAGAUUCCAUGAGGGAGUAUGUUUGCCACCAAUUUUUACUCAGACUUUACCGCAAUGUUUGUAUUUUAAGGUGCCAUACGAUGGUAUCUGGAUUGAUAUGAAUGAACCAGCAGUUUUCGGUACCAAUGAAAAUUAUCCAUGGUACUUCAAUGAUACAGAUCAUCCAAAUAUUGCCCCACUGAAAUGUCCAAUCAACCCACAAGAUGAAGACGCGGUGUGGGACAUGCCACCCUUUAAAACUCAUGCAGUCUGGCGAUAUGAGAAGGACGGACAGAAGUCUUAUCUAUCCACCAAGACAAUGUGUAUGUGUGCGGUGCAAGGCAAAUAUCGCUUUUAUGACACUAAGAAUCUCUAUGGGUGGAGCAAAGCCAGAGCUACUCAGCAAGCCCAAUACAACGCUACGGGAACAAGAGGAGUAGUGGUGACGAGGGCGUUUCAAAUUAAGUACUUUUCACACGUUAGUAUGUAACU